AUGCUGCGGAGCCGUUUCUGUCGGACAGCGUUCCUCCUGGUCUCUGCCUCUCGCUCCCCCGCUCUCUCGGAGGAGUUACUCUUGCUGCUGCAGCCCCUCUCUGUGUUUACCUUUCAGCUGGACCCCCUCUUCGCCUACCACCACCAGCGGGGGAUGCCCAUUCUGCCCGAGCUACUCUGCCUGGCAACAGGCCGCCAGGGUGAGGCAGAGAGGGUAGGCCCGAGAGGGAAGACCCAGGCCCUGGGGGUGAAGGAGGGGAUAGUGCCCCCCCUGGGUGAUGGUCUAGGGUACACCUUCCAGCAGACCCUGGGCCACCUGAGGCAGUGGGGGGGCAGGGUGGCACACGCCCUGAUCAAUCCCCACCCCCUGCAUGCCCGCACCCUGGAGGAUAACCCCGGGACCGCCCAGGCUGCGCCAGGGACCAGGCCCGAUUGGUGGGACCACCUGAGACAGGGCUCCCAGGUUUACCUCACCCCCUCCCGGCACAGCUCCCUGUUCACCAGGGGCCUGACACCCAAGGCCAUGGGCACAGAAUGCAGCUCCGCGCUGGGGCAGGGCACCUCCGCGCUGGGGCAGCGCACCUCCGCACUGGGACCAGGCACCUCCACACUGAAGCAGGGGACCUCCAUGCUGGGACCAGACUCCUCCACACUGGAGCUAGGGACCUCCACACUGGGACCAGUUACUCCCACACUGGAGCAGGGGAUCUCUGCGCUGGGACCAGGCACCUCCACACUGGAGCAGGGGACCUCCGCGCUGGGACCAGUUACUCCCACACUGGAGCAUGGGACCUCCGCGCUGGGACCAGGCACCUCCACACUGGAGCAGGGGACCUCCGCGCUGGGACCAGUUACUCCCACACUGGAGCAUGGGACCUCCGCGCUGGGACCAGGCACCUCCACACUGGAGCAGGGGACCUCCACGCUGGGAGUAGGCACCUCCACACUGGAGGAAGGGACCUCCUCGCUGGGACCAGGGACCUCCACAUUGGAGCAGGAGACCUCCGCGCUGGGACCAGGGACCUCUGCGCUGGGACCAGGGACCUCUGCGCUGGGACCAGGGACCUCCGCACUGGAGCAGGGGACCUCCACACUGGGACCAGGCACCUCCACACUGGAGCAGGGGACCUCCACACUGGGACCAGGCACCUCCACACUGGAGCAGGGGACCUCCGCGCUGGGACCAGGCACUUCCCGCCUGACUCAGCUGUCCCACUCUGGGGGAAUCCUGUCAGAGCUACAGGCCACUGACCACAGAGGGGUCAAUGCCAACCGCCUCGAUUCCCCCAGCCCUGUACCCCACUGGAACACAGAGGAGCAGCAAGAUCCCACAGUGGGCAGUGCAGCAGUGUCAGACAGACUGCCCGGUGAUAGGGAUGGUCAGUCCGAACUCCGGGCACGGCGCCCCCUGUGGCUGGGCAGGCUCUUUGGAGCCAGGAUUCCCUCCAGUUACUCACCAAGUGAACAGACCCAGCAAGAGGCCAGUGCACUACCCCGGGCCCGGAUGCCCUCAGCCUGGUUGAGGGUGAACGUGCUGCGAGUGGGUGAGCUGCUGAAGGGGAGGGACUCCUCCCUGAGACUGACCGCGGUAAUGGGCCCAGCAACACAACCUGCCAAACCAGUCAGGAAGGUGCGGACGGUGUGUGAUCACACUGCUACAGCUGAAGGCCAGUUGAGUUUCCAGGAAGGCGCUAUCCUGGAGGUUGUGGGCUGUGUGGAUGAGGAUUGGAUCCGCUGUUGUCAUGGCAAUACCUCUGGCUUGGUACCCAUCGGCUACACCUCACUCAUUUAGAUCAACCUGGAACUCUCGUCUCCGCGGUAACACCGACUCCACAACAUCACUGGCAUCAGCUGGAUAGAGAAACGUCACACAGUCUAACCUCAGUCUGACCGUCCCCGAGAGCCAACUCCCUUCAUCAUCCCUGUGUCUGAAUGUAGCUGUGAACCCCAGGCCUUACCCCAGAGAGAGAGAGAGAGAGAGAGAGAAGGGGAAGGAGUCCCUCCCACCUGGUGGUGUACAGCCUCAUGUAGCUCUGUGUGUGUCUGUGUCUGUCUGUGUAUGUCUGUGUGUGUGUGUGUGUCUGUCUGUGGGUGUGUGUCUGUGUGUGGGGGUGUGUGUAUGUGGGUGUCUGUGUAUGGGUGUGGGUGUGUGUGUGUCUGUGUGUGGGUGUGUAUGUAUUUGUGUGUAUGGGUGUGUGUGUCUGUGUGUGUAUGUCUGUGUGUGGGUGUGUAUGUAUGUGUGUGUCUGUGUGUGGGUGUAUAUGUAUGUGUGUGUAUGGGUGUGUGUAUGCGUAUGGGUGUAUGUAUGGGUGUGUGUGUGUAUGGAUGUGUGUAUGUGUAUGUCUGUGUAUGGGUGUGUGGGUGGAUGUAUAGGUGUGUGUGUGGGGUUGGGUGUAUGUGGGUGUAUGGGGGUGUGUGUAUGUAUGGGUGUGCGUAUGUGUGGGUGUAUGUAUAGGUAUGUGUGUAGCUGUGUGUGGGGGUGGGUGUAUCUGUAUGUGUAUGUGUGUGUGUGUGUCUCUCUCUCUCUGUCCCUCCCUGCCCUGUGUGUAUGUGUGUGUGUGUGUGUGUGUGUCUCUCUCUCUCUCUCUGUCCCUCCCUGCCCUGUGUGUGUGUGUGUGUGUCUCUCUGUCCCUCCCUGCCCUGUGUGUGUGUGUGUGUGUGUGUGUCUCUCUGUCCCUCCCUGCCCUGUGUAUGUGUGUGUGUGUGUCUCUCUCUCUCUCUGUCCCUCCCUGCCCUAUGUGUGUGUG